AUGUUUCUUCCCAAUACUUCUGAGGUUGAAGUCUCCACAUUUCUGUUGAUUGGGAUCCCAGGGCUUGAGCACAUGCCUGUUUGGAUCUCCAUCCCUAUCUGCCUCAUGUACCUCAUGGCCAUCCUCGGCAACUGCAUCAUCCUCUGUGUCAUCAGAAUGGAGACUUCCCUUCAUGAGCCCAUGUACUACUUCCUCUCCAUGCUGGCCCUUUCUGACCUCGGCCUGUCUUUCUCCUCCAUCCCCACUAUGCUGAGAAUCUUCUUGUUCAACACUAUGGGGAUUUCCGCUGAUGCAUGCUUUGCCCAGGAAUUCUUUAUCCACGGAUUCACAGACAUGGAGUCUUCGGUGCUCCUGAUCAUGUCCUUUGAUCGGUUUGUAGCCAUCCGCCACCCCCUGAGAUAUAGCUUUAUCCUUACAGGCUCCAGAGUUUUGCAAAUUGGCCUAGCAUUUGCUAUUAAAAGCAUUCUUCUAGUGCUUCCCCUUCCUUUUACAUUAAAGAGACUCAGAUACUGUAAUAAAUGCUUGUUAUUACACUCCUACUGCUUCUAUCAGGAUGUCAUGAAGCUGGCCUGCUCUGACAAUAGGGUUAACUUUUACUAUGGGCUGUUUGUUGCACUCUGCAUGAUGUCAGAUAGUGAGUUCAUUGCCAUCUCCUAUGUGUUCAUACUGAAAACAGUAUUGGGCAUCGCAUCCCGUGGGGAGCUGCUCAAAGCUCUUAACACCUAUGUAUCUCACAUCUCUGCUGUGCUCAUCUUCUAUGUGCCCAUCAUCACCUUGGCCACCAUGCAUCGCUUUGCUAAGCAUAAGUCUCCUUUAGCUAUGAUUCUGAUAGCAGAUGCUUUCUUGCUGUUACCGCCAGUGAUGAAUCCCAUUGUAUAUUGUGUAAAAACUCGGCAGAUUAGAGUAAAACUCCUGGAAAAGCUGGACCUGAAGUCUAAGUGA